AUGCAGAAUGUGAUUCCGGAGGAACUGGUAGCGAUGCUUGAAUUCAAAAACAUCCUAUCCAGUCUCGAAUCACUCGGCCUCGAGAUCACCACGGAGUUCCACAACGCUGCUCCAGAGUGCAACAUAGACUUUCCAGAAGUUUACCAGUUCUUCGCCAUUGACCUCAAGAAGCAAAUCCUUCAUCCAGUGAGCUCGAACCUACGUCACCUAAACCUCUGUACUGCUGAGAUGGAGUGGGGUUUCCGUCCGCCCUUCGACCCUCGAGGCUUGCAUUUCCCGAAGCUCGUGUCCCUCGCUCUCGGCAAAGUCAUGUUCGCCUAUGAUUGGCAGCUCGACUGGAUCAUCGGCCACGACAAGACGCUUGAAGUCUUGGCGCUCACGGACUGUAUGAUACUAGCAGUGGGCGAUCCGGAAGAAGGAAUCGAGAACCCGUCGAGCCCGGAUGAGCGAAACCGGUGGGUGUACAACAGACGCUGGCAUGAGUACUUUAGCAGACUUCAGCACGGAUUGCCACUGCUCAAGCGAUUCAUCAUGCAUGAUAGCUCGAGCGAAUUCAAGUUCGAGGGCCUCCAAGGCCUCGAAGCUCUAUACCGCUCAAGUGCUGAGCUAAGUACAGGCAGAUACGGUCUCUGGGCUGAUCUGUCGGUAUACAAACCAGUGCACACAAAGCGAGGACCAAUAUGGGAUCAUAACGCUGACGAGGAAAACGGGCCAACGUCGCGUAUUUGCUACGUGGAAGAGAAGGAAGCACUUGAUGGACUUCUCGAGGCGAUUCAAGUUCGGCGCGGCUGCUAG